AUGGAAAGAGACGCUCAAGAAUACGAAGACCUAGCCAAACCACAAUAUAUAUCUGGCUGUAAUUUUGUCAACGAGGUAAAUAUAUUCCCAGGAGCCAGAGUGCUUGACAUGGGUUGCGGUACAGGUAGUGUUACAAAACAUAUCGGCGACAUCGCUGGCUCUGAAGGUCAAACGGUUGGAGUCGAUCCUGACGCCGCUAGAAUCAAAAUUGCUGAGGAAAAAUAUAAAGAACAGGGCAAUCUUCAAUUUCACGUUGGCAACAGCGUGGAUGGAUUUCCACACGAUAAUGAGCCGUACUACGAUUUUCAUGUAAGCACGAAUGCAUUUCACUGGUUCCCGGACGAGCACAAAAGGUUAUACAUACAGAAAGCCUACCAAUCGUUAAAACCCGGAGGAAAGCUAUCGAUUUUGUGUAGGAGACAUGCUGGCCCUGUUUACGCCGAAGAGUUCGAAAGAUGCAACUACCAUGCAAUGACUCAAGACGAAUACGAAAAGCUUUUUCAAGACGUAGGAUUGUUUAGCAAUGUUAUUGUCAAACAAGCGGAUUAUGUGACACAUUUUAAGUCAUACGAAGCAUUCAAGCGCUGGUUCAAGGCAUCGGCACAACGCGAUCUCGACGAUGUGGAUCCAGUUAUUGCGAAAGAGGUCAUCAUCGAUCGACUAACUUUUCACGACGAUGGCGGGGUUGACAACAAAUUGAUACGCGUUUCCAUUACAGCUAGAAAGUGA